AUGCAAACAUUUAUUUCUGUUACACGAAAGUUUGAAUGUGAAAAGGAGGAUGCCUAUCUGGCGUCAAUAGAGACAGAGAGUGAAAGCAGAGACAUCCAUGCGCUGAUGGAGGAGCUGAAUGUCGCAGAUACUGACAACGUGUGGAUCGGCCUGUCAGAUGUCCGAGAGGAGAAUGUUUGGGUCUGGGAGGCAAGCAGAUACCAAGCCACGUUCUUCGACUGGGGGUCAACUGAGCCCAACCAGUCGGGAACAACACAACAAGACUGUGUCAUUCUGUACGGGAAACGCAAGCAUACGUGGGCCGACGAUCGAUGUGAAAUUAAGAACUUUUACCUUUGUGAAAGGCCGUUACAAGCAAGUGCAUCGGGAUAAUGUUUCAUUUCCGGCACCAACGACGCGAGUGUAUAACGUCAUGCAUUGGUUCACGUCGUUUCCGAAAUACACUUUUAC